AUGAUCUCGAUUUUGAAGUCGUGGUUCAUGCAAGAUGAUAGCACGCCAGAAACUUGCAUGGAGAAAUCAUCAAUUCCCUCAGAGAAGAAACCAAACUCCCCACAAUAUCUUCCAAAAAGACCGCCAAAGGACCUAUUAUCAGUUUACGAAGAAUGCAAGCUAGCACCAAGAGACUUUCGAGUAUUCCUCAUGGACCCGUCCGAAUCUCCGGACUCGCCAAUCGUUGGCCAUCUUUGCAAAUUACCUCUCAACAGCGCCGGAAGCUUUGAGGCUUUGUCGUAUCGCUGGGAAGGAUCUUUUAAGAACACAAUCGAUGUCAAUGGAGCUGAACUUGCUGUGACGGAGAAUUUGUUCUUGGCCUUGAAAGCACUGCGAGCCGAGAGCGGUGGACUACCAACGCCUCUUUGGGUCGACAGCAUUUGCAUCAAUCAGAUGGAUGUCGUCGAGCGCAGUCAACAGGUUCCUCUGAUGGGUCAGAUUUAUUCCAAAGCAUCCCCUGUUAGGGUAUGGCUUGGCGAAGAGUGCUCAGACGUGAAAGAGGCAUUCAAACUAGUCCACGACUGCGGCGAAUGCUCACCGGCGGAUGCCGUGGCGCGGGUUCUUCAGGACGAAGCAGGGGCAAGGGCCCUCAAUGAGAUCCUGCAUCGGUCUUACUGGGACCGUAUGUGGAUGUUCCAAGAGAUUGUCCUCGCGGGACGAGUCACUGUUCACUGCGGCAGCUAUGAAGUCCCAUGGACCUACUUCAAGUGGCUUCAAGAACUCUCCGGAUAUGCUGAGCUCUGGUCAGAUGCUCAAAUCGGGCGUGGGUGGAUCCUCGACCUUCGGAAAGCGCUGUUGAGAAUCUCGCUUUUCGCUAUCCCUCGGGAAGAAGCUCAGGAUAUCAACGCGGUCAUCAUUCAAACACGGCACCUUCAUUGCCAGGACCCAAGGGAUAAGCUUUACGCCCUCAUCGGUGUCUGCAAGGCACUGAGUAGGAAACUGAAAGUCGAUUAUUUGGCUCCCGCACGGGACGUGUACACCUCAUUCGCGAAAGGUGAGAUCGAGGCUGGCGGUGAGCUGUACACGAUUCUUACUGCUGGUCUGUAUAACCCUGGGGACGGCGAUGACCUCGACCUCCCUUCUUGGGUGCCUGAUCUCCGUGGAACGACUACCGUCGACACCAGGUACAUAGGUGGUGCUUAUCUUGAGCUUUUCAACGCGGACAACAACAAUGGCAAUGAUCCGUUCUUUGUGUUUUUUGAAGAGUCUGGUCGUAACAUCCUCCAGGUUGAAGCGCUCUUGCUUGAAACGACCAUGGAAGCUUUGCCUUUUGAGAUCAACGAGGAGGCAAAGCGCAGCAAUUUGCUGAGUACCUUUUGUCUAAUAGACGGGGGCGACUUUUCGGUGCCCAAACUUCGUCAAUUCUUUCAAGUCGCGGUGUCAGAGAACUCAGCAUUCUAUGGACACAAAGUCGACUCUGAUGGGACUCUGAAGGAGAGAAUGGAACGUCUGAUUCUCGGCUUCUUCGGAGAUUUGCGGCGCCUCCAUGGAUCUCACCCAGCCUUUGACGAGUUUCUGAGGUCGUUCAACAUUCAUGGCCUCGAUAUGAUACCUUUACAGUCUCAGAGCUUGUCCCCAGACUCAGCCUGCAAUGAUCUUCACCGCAAUGAGCUAGAGUAUCUGCAAAGAACACUACUACAUGGAGAUAGCCGCGACUCCACCAUGUUCAACACCAGCAGCGGAAUCUGA